AUGUUCCUCCGCUCGCUUGUCCGUCGAUUCGCGACGUCCGCCGCCGAGCCACUACGAAAAACGCCAUUGUACGACUUUCACAUCCAAAAUGGCGGGAAAAUGGUCCCGUUCGCGGGAUAUUCAAUGCCGCUUUCAUACGGGGACGUGGGGCAGGUCGCUAGCCAUAAUCAUGUCCGUAGUAGCGUAGGCCUGUUCGACGUCGGCCACAUGGUCCAAUCGAAUUUUCGCGGUCCCACUGCUCAGCCUUUUCUCGAAUGGCUGACACCUUCGGCACUAAGCGGUCUGUCUCCGUACACGUCAACGCUCUCUGUCCUGCUCAACCAGAACGGAGGAAUCAUCGACGACACGAUAAUAACCAAACAUGCGGAGGACGCAUUCUAUGUGGUCACCAAUGCUGGGAGGAGAGAGCGCGAUCUGGGCUGGUUUACGGAGAAAAUAGAUGAGUGGAACAAUGGAGAAAGAGCCAAGAAGGAUGGACCGGUGGAGAUGGAGGUGCUGGAUGGAUGGGGACUGAUUGCUUUGCAGGGUCCUGUCGCGGCCGCAUACCUUCAAUCUCUCACCUCAUUUGACCUUCGCACCCUAACAUUCGGCAAAUCGGCGUGGAUUCCCAUUGACGGAGGAUACACCCUGCACGUUGCCCGUGGCGGAUACACCGGCGAAGAUGGAUUCGAAAUCUCCAUUCCACCUCAAAGCACAACGGAAAUCGUCCGAGACUUGCUCUCCCGGGACCCCGUCCAGCUGACAGGACUGGGCGCCCGAGACUCGCUGAGGCUGGAAGCGGGUAUGUGUCUGUAUGGCCAGGAUUUGGACGAGGAGACUACACCGCUCGAGGCGGGUCUGGGAUGGGUAGUCGGGAAGGAGAGGAAGAUUGCCGGAGGGUUCAUUGGUUUCGAGGGUGCUCUGAAGACGCCGACGCGUCGACGCGUUGGGUUGGAGGUAGAAGGUGCACCAGCGAGACAAGGCGCAAAGAUUUAUUCGCCUGGCACGGGCGUCCUUCUUGGGGUGGUUACUUCUGGUAUUCCAUCGCCUACACUGGGUAAGAAUAUCGCGAUGGGGUAUGUUAGCGUUGAAGGUGGGAAGAGUAAGAAGGGCGCCGAGGUUGAGGUCGAGGUGAGGGGCAAAAGAAGACAGGCAAAGGUCGUAGGCAUGCCCUUCGUGCCAACGAGGUAUUGGAGAGGUUGA